ACAAUUAAUGACAAAACAAAAUGACAGCUUUUGCCAGACUUUUGUUGAUCUUUACGACGAUUGUCGUGCAUUUGAUUCAAGCGGACGGUUAUUGGAGUAACUUUUUGUCGAAUCCUUAUCAACACAAUCGACACGAAAGGCUUAAUGUUGACAAUGAACGAGACAUAUAUAGACCUCAAAGACGUUAUUUGGGGACAAAAUAUUUCGAUAACAUCAACAACAACAACAACAACGACGACGACUUUGUCGAUUUGAUAGUUCCGCGAUCAAUGGCCAGAUUUCGUUUGUCCAAAAGUCAGAAACAACCCCCCGUUCCCAAUGAACACAAACUUACGGACGCAGAAGAUGAUGAAAUCAUACGAAGAUCAAUGGCUCGGUUUGAGAUCAGCAAACAAAAAGACAACAACAAUUAGAAGCCUUAUCUGUCAGCAAACCAAAACCAACCGCUAGAUAUCGGGGUUUUUUGGGGGGUUUUAUAUGGGGUUAAAAAAUGGCGAAAUAUAAUAAACUAAUUGCAUUGUUAUGCGUGACUUCAGUGAUUGCUUUCGGUCGCAUUGAGGCCAUAAAUCCUGAGCUCGAGAAAUGGCUAAACGAUUUUGACGAUACGACAAUUGAUUCAAAUGGGUCGACGACCACAACGACACCAUUUUCUUCGUCGAAGAUAUCGGUAAAAAUUUCUUCGACGCCAUCACUCAUAAGCACAACGGAAGACGAUUAUUAUGAAGACGAGACGUCAACAAUGACAUCUCUGGGAACAACACCGAAAGGUUCAACAAAUAUGGUUCAGACAUCGCUUUCGACUACAGAAGACGAUUAUGAAGACGAGACGUCAACAAUGAUAUCAUUGGGAACAACACCGAAAGGUUCAACAAAUAUAGUUCAGACAUCACUUUCAACUACAGAAGACGAUUACGAAGUUGAGACAACAACGGGACAAAUGUCAUCGUCGAUAAAACCGACAGAUGAGUCUGAACUUCCGUCGACUGUCGCUGAUUACGACACAACUGUUCUUCCGUCCACUCAAGAAGAUUACGAUACAUCUAUAAUGUCCACUCAUCAAGACAUGAGUACAACAGAAAUGAUAAAAACCGAAAAGACGCCAAUUUUACCGAUGAAUUUUGAUGGAGACGAAACACUGCCGACAACAGAAUCAGACAAAACAUCUUCUGUUUCAGAAAAUACAGUACCAGAAGAACCACCAACUGUACCAUCAGAUGAAACAACUGUUUCUGAAACUACAGUUACAGACGAGACAACAACUGCAACAUCAGAAGAAACUACAGUUCCUGAAGAAUCUACAAGUCAUACAUCAGAAGAAACUACAGUUCCUGAAGAAUCUACAAGUCAUACAUCAGAAGAAACUACAGUUCCUGAAGAAUCUACAAGUCAUACAUCAGAAGAAACUACAGUUCCUGAAGAAUCUACAAGUCAUACAUCAGAAGAAACUACAAUUCCUGAAGAAUCUAUAAGUCAUACAUCAGAAGAAACUACAGUUCCUGAAGAAUCUACAACUCAACCAUCUGAGGAAACAACUGUUUCUGAAACUACAGUUACAGACAAGACAACAACUGCAACAUCAGAUGAAACUCCAGUUCCUGAAGAAUCUACAAGUCAUACAUCAGAAGAAACUACAGUUCCUGAAGAAUCUACAAGUCAUACAUCAGAAGAAACUACAGUUCCUGAAGAAUCUACAAGUCAUACAUCAGAAGAAACUACAGUUCCUGACACUACAGUUGCAGACAAGCCAACAACUCAACCAUCAGAAGAAACAACAGCUUCUGAAACUACAGUUCCUGAAGAGUCUACAACUCAACCAUCAGAUGAAACUACAGUUCCUGACACUACAGUUCCUGAAGAGUCUACAACUCAACCAUCUGAGGAAACAACUGUUUCUGAAACUACAGUUACAGACGAGCCAACAACUGCACCAUCAGAAACAACUCCAGUGCCAAAAACUAUAGGUCCUGAAGAUUCUACAACUCAACCAUCAGAAGAAACAACAACUGUUCCAAAGAAACCAAAAGAAGAAGAAGAAGCAGCAGUAGAUCGUCAGAUAACAACAACAGAUGAAAAUACAAUUCCUGAAGAGUCUACAACUCAUACAUCAGAAGAAACUACAGUUCCUGAUACUAAAGUUACAGACGAACCAACAACUGCAACAUCAGGUGAAACUCCAGUUUCUGAAGAGUCUACAAUUCAACCAUCAAAAGAAACUACAGUUCCUGAAGAAUCUACAAGUCAUAUAUCAGAAGAAGCUACAGUUCCUGAAGAGUCUACAACUCAACCAUCAGAUGAAACUACAGUUCCUGACACUACAAUUUCAGACGAGCCAACAACUGCAGCAUCAGAAACAACUCCAGUGUCAAAAACUAUAGUUCCUGAAGAUUCUACAACUCAACCAUCAGAAGAAACAACAACUGUUCCAAAGAAACCAAAAGAAGAAGAAGAAGCAGCAGUAGAUCGUCAGAUAACAACAACAGAUGAAACUACAGUUCCUGACACUACAGUUGCAGACGAGCCGACAACUCGACCAUCAGAAGAAACAACUGUUUCUGAAACUACAGUUCCUGAAGAGUCUACAACUCCACCAUCAGAAGAAACAACAGCUUCUGAAACUACAGUUCCUGAAGAGUCUACAACUCAACCAUCAGAUGAAACUACAGUUCCUGAAGAGUCUACAACUCCACCAUCUGAAGAAACAACAGCUUCUGACACUACAGUUCCUGAUAAGUCUACAACUCAACCAUCUGAAGAAACAACAGCUUCUGAAACUACAGUUCCUGAAGAGUCUACAACUCAACCAUCAGAUGAAACUACAGUUCCUGACACUACAGUUCCUGAAGAGUCUACAACUCAACCAUCAGAAGAAACUACAGUUCCUGAAGAGUCUACAACUCCACCAUCUGAAGAAACAACAGCUUCUGAAACUACAGUUCCUGAAGAGUCUACAACUCAACCAUCUGAAGAAACAACAGCUUCUGAAACUACAGUUCCUGAAGAGUCUACAACUCAACCAUCUGAAGAAACAACAGCUUCUGAAACUACAGUUCCUGAAGAGUCUACAACUCAACCAUCUGAAGAAACAACAGCUUCUGAAACUACAGUUCCUGAAGAGUCUACAACUCAACCAUCUGAAGAAACAACAGCUUCUGAAACUACAGUUCCUGAAGAGUCUACAACUCAACCAUCUGAAGAAACAACAGCUUCUGAAACUACAGUUCCUGAAGAGUCUACAACUCCACCAUCUGAAGAAACAACAGCUUCUGAAACUACAGUUCCUGAAGAGUCUACAACUCAACCAUCUGAAGAAACAACAGCUUCUGAAACUACAGUUCCUGAAGAGUCUACAACUCAACCAUCAGAUGAAACUACAGUUCCUGACACUACAGUUCUUGAAGAGUCUACAACUCAACCAUCAGAAGAAACUACAGUUCCUGAAGAGUCUACAACUCCACCAUCUGAAGAAACAACAGCUUCUGAAACUACAGUUCCUGAAGAGUCUACAACUCAACCAUCAGAUGAAACUACAGUUCCUGACACUACAGUUCCUGAAGAGUCUACAACUCAACCAUCAGAAGAAACUACAGUUCCUGAAGAUUCUACAACUCCACCAUCUGAAGAAACAACAGCUUCUGAAACUACAGUUCCUGAAGAGUCUACAACUCAACCAUCAGAAGAAACAACAACUGUUCCAAAGAAACCAAAAGAAGAAGAAGAAGCAGCAGUAGAUCGUCAGAUAACAACAACAGAUGAAACUACAGUUCCUGACACUACAGUUGCAGACGAGCCGACAACUCGACCAUCAGAAGAAACAACUGUUUCUGAAACUACAGUUCCUGAAGAGUCUACAACUCAACCAUCAGAUAAAACUACAGUUCCUGAAGAGUCUACAACUCCACCAUCUGAAGAAACAACAGCUUCUGAAACUACAGUUCCUGAAGAGUCUACAACUCAACCAUCAGAAGAAACUACAGUUCCUGAAGAGUCUACAACUCCACCAUCUGAAGAAACAACAGCUUCUGAAACUACAGUUCCUGAAGAGUCUACAACUCAACCUUCUACAACUCAACCAUCAGAUGAAACUACAGAAACUACAGUUCCUGACACUACAGUUCCUGAAGAGUCUACAACUCAACCAUCAGAAGAAACUACAGUUCCUGAAGAUUCUACAACUCCACCAUCUGAAGAAACAACAGCUUCUGAAACUACAGUUCCUGAAGAGUCUACAACUCAACCAUCAGAAGAAACAACAACUGUUCCAAAGAAACCAAAAGAAGAAGAAGAAGCAGCAGUAGAUCGUCAGAUAACAACAACAGAUGAAACUACAGUUCCUGACACUACAGUUGCAGACGAGCCGACAACUCAACCAUCUGAAGAAACAACAGCUUCUGAAACUACAGUUCCUGAAGAGUCUACAACUCAACCAUCAGAUAAAACUACAGUUCCCGACACUACAGUUCCUGAAGAGUCUACAACUCAACCAUCAGAAGAAACUACAGUUCCUGAAGAAUCUACAACUCAACCAUCAGAAGAAACAACAGCUUCUGAAACUACAGUUCCUGAAGAGUCUACAACUCAACCAUCAGAUGAAACAACAACUGUUCCAAAGAAACCAAAAGAAGAAGAAGAAGCAGCAGUAGAUCGUCAGAUAACAACAACAGAUGAAACUACAGUUCCUGACACUACAGUUCCUGACACUACAGUUCCUGAAGAGUCUACAAUUCAACCAUCAGAUGAAACUACAGUUCCUGUAGAGUCUACAAUUCAACCAUCAGAAGAAACUACAGUUCCUGAAGAGUCUACAACUCAACCAUCAGAAGAAACAACAGUUCCUGAAACUACAGUUCCUGAAGAGUCUACAACUCAACCAUCAGAAGAAACAACAACUGUUCCAAAGAAACCAAAAGAAGAAGAAGAAGCAGCAGUAGAUCGUCAGAUAACAACAACAGAUGAAACUACAGUUCCUGACACUACAGUUCCUGAAGAGUCUACAAUUCAACCAUUAGAUGAAACUACAGUUCCUGACACUACAGUUCCUGUAGAGUCUACAAUUCAACCAUCAGAAGAAACUACAGUUCCUGAAGAGUCUACAACUCAACCAUCAGAAGAAACUACAGUUCCUGAAGAGUCUACAGCUCAACCAUCAGAAGAAACAACAGUUCCUGAAACUACAGUUCCUGAAGAGUCUACAACUCAACCAUCAGAAGAAACUACAGCUUCUGAAACUACAGUUCCUGAAGAGUCUACAACUCAACCAUCAGAUGAAACUACAGUUUCAGAUGAGCUAACAACUGCAACGUUAGAUGAAACAACUCCCGUUCCCGAAACUACUGUUUCAAAUAAGCCAAAAGAAGAAGAAGAAGCGGAUAUGGAUCGUGAAGUGACAACAAUUAAAACACCUGAAGAUACAACUGAACCAUCAGAUGACACAACUCUUGUUUCUGAAACUGAAGAUUCGUCUACUACGGAAUCAGAAGAAACGUCUACUGUUCCCGAAACUACAGUUCCUGAUACUACAGAAACAGUUGAAUUAACAACUGCUUCUGAAGCUACAGUUCCAGACACUACAGUUGCUGACGAGCCUACAACUGUACCAUCAGAAGAAACAACUCCCGUUCUCGAGACUACUGUUCCAAAAAAACCAAAAGAAGAAGAAGAAGCAGCAGUAGAUCGUCAAAUAACAACAACAGAUGAACCAACAACUGCAUCAUCAGAUGAAACUGCAACCGAAGGUACAGUUACUGACACUACAGAACCGGAAGAGACCUCAACUGCAGCUUUAGAAGAAACAACUACUGUUGCAGAAACUACAGCUAUCGAUAUUACAGAAUCUGAUGGACCAACAACGGCAUCUUCAGAUGAAACAACUGUUUCGCAAGAAGAAACAACUCCCGUUCCUGAAACUACUGUUCCAAAGAAACCAAAAGAAGAAGAAGAAGCAGCAGUAGAUCGUCAGAUAACAACAACAGAAGAAACUACAGUUUCAGAAGAGUCAACAACUCAACCAUCAGAAGAAACAACUGUUUCUGAAACUACAAUUCCUGAAGAGUCUACAAGUCAACCAUCAGAUGAAACUACAGUUCCUGACACUACAGUUCCUGAAGAGUCUACAACUCAACCAUCAGAAGAAACUACUGUUUCUGAUACUACUGUUUCAAAAAAACCAAAAGAAGAAGAAGAAGCGGAUAUGGAUCGUGAAGUGACAACAAUUAAAACACCUGAAGAUACAACUGAACCAUCAGAAGAAACAACUCCCGUACCAGAAACUACUGUUACCGAAAGUACAGUUUCUGACACUACAAUAUCGGAAGAACUGACAACUGUAACAGAAGAAGAAACAACUCAAGUUUCUGAAGAACCAUCAACUGCACCGUCAGAUAAAACAACUUCUGUCUCGGAAACUCCCACUACUGAUACUAUUGUACCAAAAAAACCAAAAGAAGAAGAAGAAGCAGCAGUAGAUCGUCAAAUAACAACUGAAACAACUGCACCUCCAGAUGAAACACCUACUAUUCCCGAAACUACUGUUUUCGAUACUACAGUUUCUGAAGAUUUAUCUACACAACAGUCAGAGGAAACAACUACAGUUUCAGAGGAAGAAAAAACUCCUGUUCCCGAAAUCACGACCAUUGUUCCAAAAAAACCAAAAGAAGAAGAAGAUGCGGCAGUAGAUCGUCAAAUAACAACAAUUGAAACAACUGCACCAUUAGAUACUACAUCUCCUGUUCCCGAAACUACAGUUCCAGAUAUUCCAUUAACUCAACCCUCAGAAGAAACAACUAUUGUUUCUAAAACUACAUUACCUGAUGAGCCGACAACAUCAGAAUCAGACAAACCAACUACUGUUACACCAGUUCCAGACGCUUCAGGCAUUCCUGAAGAAGAGGAAAGAGCGCCGGACAUCGUAUCCGAGAAAUUAGAGGGAAUACCCACUGAUUGUGUUGAAACAACUGAAGGAAUUCAUAGCAGAGAAACCAUUUCUUUAUUGACAAUCAAAGCGACGACCGGAUCAGAUAUGACAAAUAGACGUGAUUCUCAAGAAGUAGAACAAUCGCCGGACAGAAAUUAUGCAUAUUUGACAAGUUAUGCGGAACAAGUGACGCAAUUUAUGGAAACUGAAUUACCAGAAUCGGGAGAAGCAAAUCAAAUGCCCAAUGAUAAAGUAGGAUAUCCAUCACCUCAAUAUCAGUAUCAGUUUCCGUAUAGACAAAUACAUACGGGAAGACAUCCGCCAGUAUAUCAUCAGCCGGUGAUGGAGAAUGAAUGUGUGACAACAGUUGAUGGUGUGACAGGAGUUGACCAUAAAAAUCAAUACCACAAUCAAUAUCCUCCAAAUCAAAAGCACAAUAAAUAUCCUUCAAAUCAAAAUCAAUUAUAUCAUCAAAAACAACAAACAUCUGAAUCGUUUGGUGAAGAAACAACACCAUCGGAUACUUCAGUUGAUAAGACGACUGGAAGUACGACAACAUUGAAAAACAAAAAAACCGAAUCUGAUUCUCAAGAAGAAGAACAAUCUCCGGACAGAAAUGACGGAUCUUCGACAAGUAAUGCGGAACAAGUGGAGCAAUGCGUGGAAACAGAAUCAUCAGAAUCUAUAGAUAGAUCGGGAAAACUAAAUCCGGUGCCUAAUGUUAAAGUCUCUGCAAAUGGACAAAAGAUUUUUAAUAGUUACGGAUCCGGAUAUCCGUCGCCUCAAUAUCCGCCAUUAGCGGGACAACAGCAUAUAAGUGCAUCCGGAUAUCCAUUGAAACCUCAAAAUCAGUACCAAAACACUGAACAAUUAACAAAUCAAAAUCAAAACGAUAACCGAAAGCUCAGGCCGUACGAAAAAGGACUGAAAGAAACGGAAUAUCAACAGCAAGUGAUAAAGAAUGAAUGUGUGACAACAGUUGAUGGUGUGACAGGAGUUGACCAUAAAAAUAAAUACCACAAUCAAUAUCCUCCAAAUCAAAAGCACAAUCAAUAUCCUCCAAAUCAAAAUCAAUUAUAUCAUCAAAAACAACAAACAUCUGAAUCGUCUGGUGAAGAAACGAAACCAUCGGAUACUUCAGUUGAUAAGACGAAUGGAAGUACGACAACAUUGAAAAACCGAAAAAAAGAAUCUGAUGCUCAAGAAGAAGAACAAUCUCCGGAAAGAAAUGACGGAUCUUCAAAAAGUAAUGCGGAACAAGUUGCGCAAUGUGUGGAAACAGAAUCAUCAGAAUCUAUAGAUAGAUCGGGAAAACUAAAUCCGGUGCCUAAUGUUAAAGUCUCUGCAAAUGGACAAAAGAUUUUUAAUAGUUACGGAUCCGGAUAUCCGUCGCCUCAAUAUCAGUGGCCGCACGGACAGAGAGAGGCGAGAAGAUAUCCGCCAUCAACGGGACAACAGCAUAUAAGUGCAUCCGGAUAUCCAUUGCAUCCUCAAAAUCAGUACCAAAACACUGAACAAUUAACAAAUCAAAAUCAAAACGAUAACCGAAAGCUCAGGCCGUACGCAAAAGUACUAAAAGAAACGGAAUAUCAUAAGCCGCUGAUGGAUAAGCAAUGUGAGACCGGAGUUGACAAUCAAAAUCAAUAUCCUUCACAUCAAAGCCAAUUGUAUUAUCAAAAUCAGUAUAAAAAUCAAUACAAAUUCCAAACUCCGAAUCCAUUACAUCCGAACCAAAACAAUCCUCAAAAUCCAUAUCAAAAUCAUUACAAUCACAGACCGUAUUCAUCGUCACAGACAGAGAAAGUUUAUGGACAGCAUUUGAGUGAUGGAAAUGCAAUGAACAGAGAGUCAAUUGGGAAGGAGUUUGGAGCAGUUGGGGAACAGAGUGUCGGUGAUUAUUAUAGAAAUGGAGCCAAGAAAAAGACGUAUUCAAUUUGGUCGGAACAGCAAAGAACAAGAGAACAGACAGGACAUUAUCAUAAACAGUCAAUUGAAAGUCAACAGACUCACGGAGGACAGUAUUUCUAUGGACAGACAGGAGAUCCGUCAUUUGAGACUUCGGCCGGACUUAAUAGAGUUAAAGGACUACAAAGUUCUUAUGGAAAACAAACUGUUGGAUCGUAUAAUUCAUUGGAAUAUCCGUCUUAUUCGGGACAACAACAACAUAACAAAGGAAAAUUCAGUCAUUACGGACAAACUCUGCCCAAACAGACUGCAGGAGUGGCGGGAUAUCCUUAUUCUGGUCAACAGAUAGUCAACGGAGAUUGCGAACAGACAAAUAAGAAAACGGAAACAAAGACUGAAGAGAAAAGAGCGGAUCAGAUGGGAAAUGUUGAAAGCGAUUCGAAACAAAAGAGUGACAGUCAAAGAAAUGGAGUUUCUGGUCAUCCAAGUGGAGGAAAAAGUGUUUCGACAAAAGAAAAGAAAAAAGAUUUAACAGGAAUUACAUCUAAUAGACAAAUACAAAGAUCACAGAAAGGAAAAGAGUCGGUCGGCGGAAAUGGAAUCAAAGACACGUUUUCUGUAAAUUCAUUGAGUCAACUGAACGGCGCCGAAUCGGUGAUCACUGAAUGUGGAAGUGAGUCGGGAAUUAGCAAUUUGGGAACAACAACUCCCGGCUGUCAGGAAUGGGAGCCGUGUUCUGGAUCUGUGACAGUGACGCCGGACGAUGCGAAUCUCUAUGUGGCAAUGAUAGACAACCCAUUAGUUGUCGCGAAUCCCAAAUGUGGAUCAGAUGGGUUGUGUCCGGAUAAUGAGAUUUAGGGAUAAAUUUGGGGUUUUUAUUGUAAUUUACUGUAAAUUAAUUAUAAAAAUAUUUAUUAAUA